UUUUAGCCAAUGAAGAGAUCAAAAAUGUAGAAGGAGAGAAAGUUUCUGAAAGAGGAAAUUUCCCAGUAAUAGAAAAAAAAAUCCCGCACAUUAAAAGUUUACAAAAAAAUUGGAUUGGUUUGUCACAAGGAACGUUAAUCGAUUUCUGGUCAAUUGAUAAGUCUGAGAAAAUAACUGUUUUUACCACUCGCCCUGAUACUAUUUAUGGCGUUGCGGCAAUUGCUUUAUCGAUUAAUCACCCUUUAAUUAGGGAAAUUACUUUGCCCGAAUAUAAACAAAAAGUAACUGAUUUUUGCGAAUAUUGGAAGGAUAAAAAAGAAAGUAAAGAAAUCGCCGGAGAAUUUACCGAAGACCCUAAUUCACGAAGUCGUCCAGACUAUCCAUCAGAAGUUUCUCCGUUAUUUACCAAGCAAGAAAGCAAACAAAAUUGGGAAGUGGAUUUUGCUUUUGCUAAAAAAUACUGUCUGCCAACCAAAGGACUUAUUUUUAUCCACUUUGGAAUGUAUGCUAUGUGGAUGGAUGGUUCUUGCGGACCACCGCCCGGUGUAUAUACUAAUUCGCCCCUAAUUGAUGGACUAAAAAAUAAAGAAAAAGCCAUCAUUCUCAUUAAUCGAGAGUUAAAAAAAAAGCAAGUGGAAAAUACCACCCAAACCCUUUUGUCAGAAAAUGAAUUACCUCUUGAAUUGCCACCGCUCAAAGACUUUGCUCCUAAUCCUAACUAUUAUGCUCCUCUACAAAAAGUUGAAAACUGA